GCUGUCCAAACACACGAUCCUUACCAAUCACGCACAACAUGUCUGAACGCGGCGCAUUCCGGGGGCGAGGAGGAGGCGGUGGAAGGGGCGACCAUCGCGGUGGCAGAGGUGGUGGAAGAGGGGGCGCACAGGGUGGAAAUGCGGCGGGGCAACAACAUACUGAGAGGCCGAAGAAAGAGAACAUCCUGGACCUGAGCAAGUACAUGGACAAGCAGAUCACCGUCAAGUUCAGCGGUGGGCGAGAAGUCAUUGGAACCCUGAAGGGCUACGACCAGCUGAUGAACCUUGUGCUGGAUGAGGUCAAGGAGGCUAUGACAGACGACGAAGGCAAUGUACGAUACCGCAAGCUCGGCCUCAUCGUCGCCCGUGGCACACUGCUCGUCGUCAUCUCGCCCAUUGACGGCAGUGAAGAGAUCGCCAACCCAUUCAUACAGGAAGAGGAAUGAGCUCAGCCCGAACGCGAUAUGUUGAGCCUACAACAGGCGCUGUAUCGAGCCAGCCGCCGAACGGUUGUACACUGCAUUAAACCUCUCAAAAGUAGCAGGCAAAAGAGGAGGCAAAAGCAGAAGCAGGCUCUGCAUGAUACCCACGACCAUCAUACGAGAACUUGGCCUAGUUCUGGUUUGACAGACCACACGCAAUGGACAGUAUCUGGUGUCAAACCACGUUCAAAAAUAGUCACGAAACAAUCAAAACAAAUCGAAACGCC